CUUCAUAAAAAAAACAACUUUUAUUAAAUUCAAAAACUUCAGUCUGUCGUCACUGACAGUUGGGCCGAGGAGAAGUCAUGGAUCCAAUCGUGGAAGUGGUGGCUGUGAUUUUGGGGUUCGUCGGAUGGAUAAUGGUGGGGGUUGCGAUUCCAAACCGUUACUGGAGGACCUCCACUGUUGACGGAAAUGUCAUCACCACCUCUACAAUCUAUGAAAACCUGUGGAUGUCCUGCGCGACAGAUUCAACCGGGGUCAGUAACUGCAGGGACUUCCCUUCGAUGCUCGCUUUGAAUGGUUACAUCCAAGCGUCUCGUGCCUUGAUGAUUGCCUCGAUAGUGUUUGGCACAUUUGGACUGCUGGGCUCGCUGAUCGGGAUACAAUGCUCUAAAGCGGGAGGAGAAAACUAUGUUCUCAAAGGGAGGAUCGCAGGCACUGCUGGAGUACUUUUUAUGCUUCAAGGUUUGUGCACUAUGGUUGCAGUGUCCUGGUAUGCUUUCAAUAUCACUCAGAAUUUCUUUGAUCCCUACUACCCUGGCACAAAGUAUGAGAUAGGAGAAGGGCUUUACAUCGGCUGGUGCUCUGCUGUGCUCGCCAUCGCUGGAGGAGCCGUUCUCACCUGCUCCUGCAAGUUGGGCACAGAGGAAAAAUACCCUCUACCUCAUGCAAGGGGAACUGUGUAUUCUGGACCAGCACCAACCAGAAGCCUGGCCGCCAGUACUUACGGGAGAAACGCUUACGUCUGAGCAGGAUUUGGAAACUGAGCUUUGUGGACUUAUUCAUCCCUUCACUUUUGGCUGGUCUAACUAACACAUUGUGCCAUUUCAUCACUGUGGAAACACUUGCAGUGCAUCAGAUGUUCACUGUUGGGAGUAUUUCAGCUGUAUAUGUUAUAUACAAAUAACCGCAGUUUCAAAAUGUAUGUUGUGUAGAAAUAACAUGGAUAAAAUGAUUGCAAAAAGCUUAACAAAACAUCAGCGUCACUGCACAAACUCACUGUGCGCUCUCAAUGAAUAAUAUUUUUAUUUCUCUGAUAUUGUCACUUAUUUUCCAAUGAAUUCAAUCACAUUUGUAAGGGGAAGGUCAAAAGUGUGAUGAUUGUUGGGAUAUGUUGUUUUGUACAGUUUUGUAGGCGACACCUGAGGCGCUGGAGGGCAGGUUGUCUUUGUUUUGAUUGUAU